AUGGUGUACCUCCUGGCGAGGGGUGUGGCGCUGUGUCUGCUGCUCGACCACUGCGGCGACCCCGCCGUUGUGCAGGCGUUCGUUGACGACAGUUGCCGGGCGCUGCAGGAGACGCAGCCGCCCUCGCUGCUGCAGCACGCCGUGCGCCUCUGGCGCCGCCUCGCCGAGGAGGCCGUGACGGAGCGCGCCGCCGAUGCCCCGGCGUGCCACGGGACCGGCGACGGCAGCGAAGCCGGGGAGGGCGAGGGGCGGGUGCCGGCGGCUCUGCUGACGGGGACGCCGCUGUCCAACACCGUGGGGCGGCUCACCGUGCCGACCGUCCUCCAGUGGCUCAAAGCCGCCCCGUCGCUGCCGCCAGCACGCCACUGCGGCAGCAGCGAUGCCGAAGCGCGGUGUGAGACGGCGGAGCAGCUUUGGGUGCUAAAGCGCCUCCUUGUGCUGGUGCGGCAUGCCUUUCGGAUGCAGCUGCGGCAGGUGUUGCCGCCACCGACGCCAACCAAAGUGCGGCCGAAGGCGAAGAGCCGGCGUGACGCCAACAGCGCGGCGGCGAAGGACAUGGAGGAGGACACUGAGGAGGAGGAGGAGGAAGUUUUUAGACACGAGUUGGUGGUUCUCGUCCCGGUGCACGUCUGCCGCAGCAUUCACGGCCUCUCGCUGCGGCAGGUCGUCGACUUGUGCUCCGCGCCGACGCUGCGUGGCCAACCGCGUACCGCCGCAUCUCUUGGCCUUGUCAUCAGUCCUGCUGUGUCGCCCAGCGACAACCCCCACCGCGGCGAGAAGAAUAGGCGCAUUGAAGGCAUUCAGCAGCUGAUGAUGGCACGCGGCUACCAAGAGAUGGCGCGGGUGGGCAGUCGCAGCGGCCCCACGCGCGACGGGGCAGCUCCGCGUGAGCAGCAGGCGGAGUCGUUCGCCAGUUUCCUGCGGGAGGCCUCCAUUGGGUUCGACAUGCAAAUCAUGGCGCUCUCCGGUGGGGCGUCCGGGUACUACCUGGCGCACAUGCGUGGCCUCUCCACUCACGCGUGCAUCGUGUGCGGUGCCGUUGGGCUCGUCCUCAUGCUGCUUGUGGACGCCGUCCUCUUCACGCUGCGCAUCGGCAAGGUGGACGCGCGGACGCGCAAGGACAAGAGGCGGCGCUGGAAACUACCGCGGGGGCCGCGCAGUGGCGGGGGCCAGCGCGACGAAAAACCCGAGGGGUCGACCAGCGCCGGAGGCGACGACGCCGGCACGGAGACUGCGAUGCGUGCAAAGAAAAACAACUAG